GAGGGGCUCUUCCGGUUUCCGAAAAGACCGCUUUUUCUAGAACUUUCUUUGGACGGGGCCAUGAGGCGCUUAGUCGGGAUCUGCGUUUGUUUUUGGCCCUGACUCCCGCCCGGUAGGAGUCGCUCUGCGGGGCUCUCUGAGGAAACAAACUCACAUCUCACUGCUGGAAACCUUCUAGCAACAGGAUGAGUCUGCAGUGGACUGCAGUCGCCACCUUCCUCUACGCAGAGGUCUUUGCUGUGCUGCUGCUCUGCAUUCCCUUCAUUUCUCCCAAAAGAUGGCAGAAGAUUUUCAAGUCCCGCCUGGUGGAGCUGGUGGUGAUGUACGGCAAUACCUUCUUCGUAGUUCUCAUUGUCAUCCUUGUGCUGCUGGUCAUCGAUGCUGUGCGUGAGAUCCGGAAGUAUGAUGAUGUGACAGAGAAGGUGAACCUGCAGAAUAAUCCCGGGGCCAUGGAACACUUCCACAUGAAGCUUUUCCGUGCCCAGAGGAAUCUCUAUAUUGCUGGCUUUUCCUUGCUGCUGUCCUUCCUGCUGAGACGCCUGGUGACUCUCAUCUCCCAGCAGGCCACACUGCUGGCCUCCAACGAAGCCUUUAAAAAACAGGCAGAGAGUGCUAGUGAGGCGGCCAAGAAGUACAUGGAAGAGAAUGACCAGCUGAAGAAGGAAGCUGCUGCUGGCGGAGUCAAGUUGGAUGGUAGGGAUGCCGAGGAGAAGGUGGGAGAAGAGAACAGGAGCCUGAAGGCCGAGCUGAAGAAACUGAAGGACGAGCUGGACAUCAGCAAGCAAAAACUAGAAAAAGCUGAAAAUGAGGCUCUGGCCAUGCGGAAGCAGUCUGAGGGCCUCACCAAGGAGUAUGACCGCCUGCUGGAGGAGCACGCGAAGUUACAGGCAGCGGUAGAUGGUCCCACGGACAAGAAGGAGGAGUGAGGCCGCUCCUCCCUGCCUGCCACCUGGCCGGUGCCCGCUGCUGCCGCCUGCGGCCCGGCCUCACUGGUUACUUCAGUUCGCCCCCUACCGCUUCCCAUCCCCUUGCACAGCUUACAGUUCCACGCUGUCCCGGCAUACCACAGGGGACCCGGUUCUGCCUGCUCAGGAUGGGUUUGCUACCUCCUGGCCGGCCAGGCACGAGGCAGGCAUUGCUUCCCGCUGGGUUGAGCCUCUUUUGUGUCUUAUGUUGUUUGGGGCCCCUUGUCUCUGGUCCUGCAGGCGGGUGGUUGGAGCAGGCAGAGUAUAUUUUUCUCUCGGGGGCAAUAAAGGUUGUUGUUAUGCAA